UUUCGUUCAUUUGUCCCGAGAUUAUGUCAAGCACUAGAAUCAAGGCCGACCCUGGAGCGCCAACAAUGUAUUUGAAAAACAUUUUCCAAGCUGAAAUUGAAAAGGAGAAGAUGGGUAAUCCUAACCUAACUAAUUGGUUUUUAAUCCCAUAUAAUCAAGAAAAUCAUUGGAAUUUAUACGUGAUGGACCUACGUAGAGGUUAUGUAUAUAUUUUCGAUUCUGCUAGAGAUCCACGUCGAACAGAUUAUGCAUGGGGAAUCUUGAGUUUGGCAUACCAAGUGUACAAGUGCAAUGGUGGGCAUUGUCCGAAUAAAACGAGUUUUAAGUCGUGUAAACCCAUUCAUAUAGAGUGUGCUCAACAAAUCGGCGGAACUGAGUGUGGCUAUUACGUUAUGAAGUUCAUGUUAGAGAUAGUCACGUUACAACAUGACUAUGAAGGCCGGCUAGAUGAGGUCUAUACUCCGAGGACUGCGCCUUAUGCUAGUGAGGAAAUUGAUGUGGUUCGUGAGCAAUGGGCGAAGUUUUUUACCACCAAGUAUUUAUUAUUGACCUGAUGGCGCUUGAUCGUGUUGGUUUAGAUGUUAUAGAACAAUCUUUUAUGUUAAAAUGUAUGCGUACGUUGAAAUUGGAACGUAAAUGUAUUUAAAUGUAUCGGUAUGUGCACUUUUGGUUUUGGGAUAUAUACAAAACUCCAGUUGUU